AAUCUCUUGACAUCGCGAAGCGGAGAGCAGAGUUAGAAUUAUCUCUCAAUCUUGUAGUAACCGUUUCGGGUAUCACCGAGAUAAAGGAUAAUUUAUACCAUGGAGAUCUCGGCAGCUUGGCUGCUGACCAUCUUGGCGGUCAUAAAUGCUAAGUGCAUAAAUGCGAAUUCAACGACACCGUUGCCAACAUCUACGGAAUCUGUUCAUAUCAGCAAAGUGAAUACAACGAUUAUCGAAUCCGCAACAUCGAAGAGUAAUUUUAUCGAUUAUCCUAGACCUUUCACGAAUAUAAAGGACAUGUUGAUGCAGGAAAUACAUUCUUUAGAUUCCAAUGUUAAGAUUCAAGAAGAGAUGGCAAAGGCUCUUAAAGCCGAGGCGCAGAGAGAUAGUACAAACGUUCGAACCAAAGCGACCUCUAAACGAUUAAACAAGCCAACGAAAUCAGAUCUGGAGAAGGAAAAUGAAGACUUUAACAAGAAAUUCGUUAUACCGCCUUACGACGACAAUAGCGAUGACGACGACAGCGAGGAUAGCGAGGAUGAAGAACUCAGCGAAGAGGAGUACGACGAAGACUUGGAGGAUUUGGACGAUGAUGAAGAAGUCAUGAUACAGUGCCCUGAUUAUUGCAAAUGCGCCGGACAAUACGCUGCCGCAAUGACUGCAACAUGCACGAAAUUGGUGAACGAACAGUCCUUUGGACCGGGCAUCGCUCAUCUGCGCAUCGAGAACGCCGGCGAGAUACAAUUGGGACCAAACGCCCUGCGAGCUCGUGGCCUUCAGCAAUUGGAGUCCAUCACUAUCGUCGACACGCGCAUAGUCGAGCUAGAUCGUACAGCCUUCAAUGGCGUUUCGUAUCUAUUCGCCGUGAACUUGACACGCAAUGGUCUGCAGGACAUCCACCCGAACACCUUCCAGAACAAUACGCAACUCAGCCUGCUCACGAUCUCCGGUAAUCCGCUUAAGCACAUGCACGACUUGAGGAAGCACUAUCUGCUGCACGCACCUUCGGUCACCGAUUUCGAUUUCUCAAACAAUGGAAUACUGCGGUUAAAGCGCACAGCCUUCUCUAAGAUGCAGAGUCUUAAUUUUAUCAAUCUACGCGGUAACAGACUAAAGGAGAUCGACAGCACGAUCUUCGAUUCGCUGGACCAGCUUAUGGAGGUGGAUCUCUCAGAUAAUAUGCUGGACGAGUUGCCGAUCAAUUUUAUUGACAAAGAAGUGCAAAUUCUUCGUGUCGCUGGAAAUAAUCUAUCGACGUUAGCUACUAUAAGCUCUUCGAAACUGACAACACUGGACGCCUCGAGAAAUAAGAUCAAGGCAAUUGGCAAAGAGGAUCUCGAAGGCAUGCCAUCAUUGGACCAAUUACAUCUCAGAUCGAACAAUAUGAAGAGAAUUCAUCAACACGCUUUCAGCAAACUCGAUAAAUUAGAGUAUUUGGAUAUGAGUGAUAACAAACUCACCUCACUCACCGAACAUCAUUUCAAAUUUGUUCCAAGAUUACAGCAUUUGUUGAUGAAUAACAAUCCCACUUUGGAGACUCUGCCGGUUUUUAAAACUUACGACAUGAUGUACAAUACAUUCAGCAUGAUACAAUUUGAGUGCACAAAUUGCGGUCUAAAGAGCCUCAAACCAGGUACAUUUGAUGAAAUGCCAGCGCUGUCGCGGCUGUAUCUCGCGAAGAAUCGCCUGACCAAUCUGCCCAAUGGACUUUUGGAAAAUCUCUCGUCUCUUCGAGACCUGGAUUUGUCCGAUAACUUCAUCACCGAUCUCCAUCAGGAUAUGUUCCACGGUGCUCUGAGUUUGAACAAGAUAAACCUCGCCGGCAAUCCGUUGAAAACAUUGCAAGUGUCGCCGUUCAUGAACACCCCGGGACUCGUUAAAUUAGACGUGAGCCGAUGCCAUCUCGAGCGCGUUUGGAGCGAAGCUAGAGUACCAUUGAAGAGUCUUCGGUUCCUGUCGAUUCGCGAGAAUCUUCUACGACGAAUCACCAUCGAGGAACUUAGGGCCACUCCGAGACUCACCGGGUUGGAUUUGUCGCACAAUCCUUUGGAUUGUGACGCCGAGUUUACUGAAGCUAUACAAUGGCUCACCGAUCACGGAGUUGCACCGACAGAGAUACUUAAGUAUAACAAUGAUUUUGAGAAUAUCGAUGAUGUCGACUCGACCGGCCUCAGUCAAUGGACAGACUUGGCAAAGAUAGUUUGCGAUGGAAUCGAUGACGGUCCACCACCUAGAUCACCUCCUGGCAAAAGUUCACACCGGAAAGGCAUUCUUGUAGAUCUCGAUGUUAUAGAAGAGGCCGGUACUGUAUUAGAAGACGAACUGCAUAACGACGAAAAGCUUCUUAGAAACGGACUGAAUAUCGAUCAUGGCAUGCCACACAUCGAUGAACCACGACUUACGGAGGAUCAAACAUAUGAUGACUUUGACAUCAGGACGGAAUAUCAUACAGCUUGGUACAACUUGAGACCUGGUUUUAAGAUCUGGCUGAUUUCCGGCACGAUUUUGUCUGUUCUGGUGGUCUUCUUGCUGGUAGCCCGCAUCGCUUACUGCUUAGCAAACAAACGAGGACGAGGUCCCGUACUCAGGCCACCCAUGAUCCUUCGUCAGGGUCUGGUCGACAACAAGAACUGCGGCUUGGUGUAUAAGCCUCUGCAGGAGGAAAUAGCCACGCCUCACAUGCCGAAACGAGGUAGCUUCUACUCGAGUAGCACCUUCCAUUACGACAAAAUCGUGCCAGAGAGUGUAUAAGAGAACUUGUUUUCUGAUUAAUUAAGUGACCAAUUACAGAGCGCUCGACCGAUGUGAUUGGUCGUGAACGACAGAUCAUCAAAGAUCUCGCGUCGUUCUCGGAAUUCAAGGAAAGUUCUUCAAACGAUUAUUAGAUAAAGUAAUAAUAAAGCCGAUAGAGAUAAAGUUAGGCAAACUCUUUUGACCAUAUAACUUACGAUACAUAAGAUCCUAUCGGCAAACUAAUGUGCAUUAUUUUCAUUGCAAAAUAUAAUUAUAAGCAUUUAAUUCAAUUUCCUAGAAACAAUUGAUCGAGAUGCAUGUUUCUUUUAGGCUUUUAGGCUUUUUUAUUGUCAAAGUUUAUGCAAAAUACGUGAAUAAUAAACGUUAUUAUUAUCAUUAACUGAAAGAUGCCUGAUAGAAAUAAAUAUAAUUGAUAAUUACAAUAUUACAGAUACAUAUAAACAGCAGAGAAAAUACUGUUUUACAAUUAUACAAUCAUAAAUCUUUUUAUAAAAAAUAAUAAAAGAUUAGAUUAUAUUUUUACAAAAACUAGAGUUAUAAAAAAUUAUGUACUUAUUAUUUAUAAGUCCAAAGCAUUUUUGCAACAGCUCUACUCGUCGAUUAAGCAACGGCCAAAAAACGCGCAAUACAAGGAAAAGCAGUACUGUUUAUAAGUAUAUUUAAUCAAAGAUUUUAAUAAAAAUUUCAUUAUAAAUUAUUUAUAAAGAUAAUUUAAUGAUAAUAGUAUUACUGCAGAAAUUGAGUAAAAGCGUGAGUAUUAGCCGAUGGACGAAUGAGAGAAUUACAUAUGACAGAUAUAAAAUUUUAUAUGAGGCGGAAUGAGAAAGCUUCCUGUAGAAUGCGCAGUCAUAGUAAUAUAUGUCAACAAUACCAUAAAAUAAUUUUUAAUUAUGGCGACAAUUAUUACCUUACUUGAAAGAAUUUGAAAAUUAUGUUGAAACUAACUUUUAAAUUAGAUUUUAUAUAUAAGUUAUAUCACUACACGCGCACAAGCUCUAUUAUGCUAUUAUAAAUAUAUAUGCUGUAAAUAAUAAAUAUCGUUUUAAUAAAAUUUUGAUUAGAACCA